CAGCGAAACUUGAACAUGGCGAGGUUAUGUGCCAUCAUCUUAACAUGUGUAACUGAGGACCAGUACUCGAACGCCCUGAUGCAUGAUGUCAGUAUGUCCUUCAAGGUUCCGUUGUUCUUGUCGCCGAUGAGACAUCGUCCAAAUCUAACCAGUCAAAGUUUGCAGGCACGCCCUUUGGCUUGCAGCGUCAUUGACCUGUGUGUAGAGUUCAUGUACACCCAUUUGAGCAAAGCUUUUCCGUUCGAUCUAUAUUUGCGUAUCCUCGGUAUCGUGCACCGUGUGCUGUGCUUUGACAAAAAGUGCCGCGUUCGCCUCGAUUACGAAUGGCAAAACUUAUGGAACUGCCUUUUCGUUUUGUUGAAGUUUGUAAUGAAAAACGAAAAAGACAUUCUGUUGCUUGGCAACGUGUUCGACCUCUGUCAAAAAAUCGUCGUCAUUCUGAACGUGUUCAUAACUUUCGGUGACACUUUCCUUCCAUACCCGUGGCUGUAUGACAACUUGUAUUACGAAAUUCUUCGCAAUAGCAGCAGUUUGGAAGAAGUUGACGCAGCGACAUUGUUUUAUAUUCAAUCAGCCGGCCCUUAUAAAGAAUCGGCUGAAAAGCUAUUGGUUGCUUUCAUCAACAUCAGACUUUUGCUUCAGGUGCUCGAGGUCGUACGAAAAAACUAUGAAUCCUUGGCGCUGAAGCUUCAGGAUAAUUUGGAUGUCUACCAGCGCUAUGCUGAAAAACCCGCCGAGAUGUCAUUUUUUAUUAAUUUGGUAACUGUACAAACUUUUAGCUCCCUGAUUUUGGCGGAACACGCCGACUUUCGGCCGGGUUUGGCGAUCGUGCAGGUCGGCGAUCGGUCCGACUCCAAUGUCUACAUUCGAAACAAGCUGAAAGCCGCUCAGGAGGUGGGCAUUAGGGCUGAACUGCUCAAGCUAUCCAGCGACAUCACACAGGCCGCGUUAGCCGCCAAGAUCCGUCAAUUGAACGACAGCAACUAUGUGCACGGCAUCAUCGUGCAAUUGCCUCUGCAGUGCGAGAAUCUCAUAGACACAGACGCAGUGGUGAACCUGAUCGACCCGGCGAAGGAUGUCGACGGUCUGACGAUUCUUAACGCUGGACGUCUGUCACGUGGCCUCCUCAACGACACGAUCAUUCCGGGCACCCCGAGGGGCUGUUUCGAGCUUGUUCGAUCUACGGGAUGCGACGUAACGGGAAAAUCGGUCGUUGUUGUCGGUCGAAGCAAGAUUGUUGGCAGUCCGGCGUAUUCGUUGUUCAUGUGGAACCAUGCCACGGUGACAACAUGUCAUUCGAGAACAAAAAACCUUCCGGAAGUAUGCCAAGGUGCCGACAUUCUGAUCGUUGCCAUUGGCAAGCCGCAAAUGAUCAAAGGAGAAUGGAUCAAGAAGGGAGCAAUAGUGAUCGACUGCGGCAUCAAUCCAUCGCCAACGGGGGAUAAGAAAAUCGUGGGCGACGUGGAUUUUGAGUCGACCAAAGAGAAGGCAUCAUUCAUAACACCGGUGCCAGGCGGCGUCGGACCGAUGACGGUUGCCAUGCUGAUGCAGAAUACGUUGGAUCAAGCGAAGAAACUGUGCAUUCGGUCUAACUCCUGGUCGCUGAGCACGCAGAGCCUGCGAUUGCAGACACCCGUUCCGUCGGACAUCGAAAUAUCGCGCUCACAGUACCCGUUGUUCAUUUGCGAUCUUGCCGAGGCUGUUGGCCUCACGAAGUCUGAGGUGGAGUUGUACGGAAGAACGAAAGCUAAGAUCUCUCUUUCGGUCUUGGAGCGCCUGCAACACGUGCAGAACGGCUUCUACGUGGUCGUCACAGGAAUCACGCCGACUCCGCUAGGCGAAGGCAAGAGCACCACGUUACUGGGCAUUGCACAAGCGUUGGGCGCCUACUUGCACCGUAACGCCUUCGCCUGCGUUCGCCAACCGUCGCAAGGGCCCACGUUCGGUAUCAAAGGAGGCGCUGCUGGAGGAGGCUAUGCACAAGAACUAGUGUUUCGCGACCUUGAAGGGAAGAUCAUUCAACGAGCCGAUCGGCACGGGGAAGUAACGCAGGUAAUUCCGAUGGAAGAAUUUAACCUUCAUUUGACCGGGGACAUCCACGCCAUCACCGCGGCGAACAACCUGCUGGCGGCUGCGGUGGAUGCACGCAUGUUUCAUGAGUCUACGCAGACAGACGCGGCCCUGUACAGCCGUCUGGUGCCCAAGAAGCAUGGCAAGAGACAAUUCUCGGAAAUACAAUUCCGUCGCUUGAAUAAGUUAGGCAUUUCGAAGUCUGAUCCUGACUCGCUGACGCCGGAAGAAGUAAGACGCUUCGUCCGGCUGAACAUCGACCCGGCGACGAUCACCUGGCAAAGGGUGAUUGACACCAACGACCGAUUCCUGCGCAAGAUCACUAUUGGCCAGUCACCGACCGAAAAGGGCCAUUCUAGAGAGUGCGAGUUCGACAUCAGCGUUGCCAGCGAGAUCAUGGCCAUACUAGCGCUGACCACCGGCUUGGAAGACAUGCAGAACCGUUUUGGGAGUGCCAUCCGUGCCAUUCUUCUUUCACUGAUCGGACAGAUUGUUUUUAUCGGCCAGCAUGACGUAGUCGAAAAGUUGUUUGCUCGAGUCGCUGAAGGGUCAUUUGCUGCUCAUCUUUCUAUAACGCUGGAAGGAACGCCAGUGUUCGUUCACGCAGGACCCUUCGCGAACAUCGCACACGGCAACAGCUCGGUGCUCGCUGACCAGAUUGCCCUGAAGUUGGUUGGCCCUAAAGGAUUCGUGCUAACCGAGGCGGGCUUCGGCGCCGAUAUCGGCAUGGAGAAGUUUUUUGACAUCAAGUGUCGAGCGUCCGGACUGUCGCCGAGCAGCAUCGUUUUAGUGACCACUGUUCGUGCAUUAAAAAUGCAUGGCGGUGGUCCUCCGGUACAGCCGGGUACCCCUCUACCGCAGGCCUACGUUGACGAGAACGUUGGUUUGGUAGAGGCUGGCUGUUGCAACAUGGUCAAACAGAUACAAAACGCAAAAAAAUACGGCCUUCCGGUUGUUGUGGCUAUUAACAAGUUCUACACUGACUCUGCUGCUGAACUCGAAGUUGUUCGACGUAAUGCGAUGGACGCAGGUGCCCUUGAUGCAGUUGUGAGUGACCACUGGGCCCAGGGAGGCCGUGGUGCCACAGAUCUGGCGAAGGCAGUCAUACAUGCAUGUGAAAGCGCACCAAAAUCCUUUAAAUUCUUGUAUGCGCUCGACAUGCCUAUUGAGCAGAAGAUAAACGUGAUCGCUACGGAAAUCUAUGGUGCUUCCGGUGUAGAGCUGUCGGACAAAGCAAAAGAAGCGGUGUCAUAUUAUGCGGACCAUGGCUUAUCUGACUUUCCAAUAUGCAUGUCGAAGACUCAUUUGUCGUUGAGCCAUGACCCCUCGUUGAAGGGCGUCCCGACGAACUUCGUUUUGCCCAUACGUGAUGUGAAGGCCAGCGUCGGCGCCGGUUUCCUUUAUCCGCUCGUUGGACAAGUGCAGACGAUGCCCGGGCUUCCGACACGGCCAUGCUUCUUCGAUAUCACGUGCAACCCCGUCACCGGGCAAAUAGACGGGUUAUUCUAA